AUGUCCGCGCGCUCCGGGCGCCCGUUGCCCGACGGCGCGUCACAAAAGUUGGAGGCCCCGGCAGCCACGGCGACGGCGACGGCGGAGGUGGGGCUGCUGCCGCUGGUGCACUCCGACAACGAGCGGUGGCGGAGCAACAGCGCGUGCAGCUGCUCCUGCUGCAGGAACAACAUCAGCGGCAACGCGCACGCGGAGCUCAGCUGCAGUCACUCCCAAAAAACGCCGUCGGCUCUGCCAAAAAUGGCGCCGACGCCGGCCAACGUCCCGAGCGUCCCGUUGACGCCGCUCUCCGGGAGGCUGCGGGUGUCGCGAGAAAUCUCCUCCGGCGACCGACCCGUGGAGUUCCGUCUGCUGGCGGCAAACACGCCGCCGGUGUCAGUUAUCCCACUCCCGCCCCCGCAGCAGCCGCGGCUGCCGGGCGCCACGCCGAUGCCGUCCGGGGUCUCGGUCCAGCGGUACCGUGCGAAGCUGGAGGAGUGCGCGGAGCUCCACCGCCGCCUCCAGGACGCCGCCACGGAGCUCACGGUGACGCGGGACCAACUCUUCAGCGUCAAGUUGGAGGCAAACAGCUUCGUGAACGAAAUUCAACGGCUGAAGGAUGUGCUCUUUGUGGCAACGUCUGAGCUGCAAAGCACGCAGCAGCGUGUGGAUGAGCUGCAGCGAGAGAAUAAGCGGAUGGCGGCCGAGCUACGCGCGCGCCAGGCGCUCGCCACCGACACCGCCAGGCGGGUGGAGGUGUCUUCGGUGCUGAGGUCCGCCCUCGGCGCGGUCGCGGAGGCCUCCACGUACGGUAGCGAGGUACAGUCCUGCCGCCUCACGCAUUCCGCGGCGGAGUUUUGCCUGGACGGCGACGCACCCUCUUCCCUGCGUCAGGCGGCGGGUGUAGAUGCGUCGAAGACGGCCGCUGCCUUGGUCUCCUAUGCAGUUGAGUGCUUCCGCGCCGAGGUGAUGCCACACAUGGAGCUGCUGCAUAGCCUGUACGACGGUGGCCGACUGAUGGCCGUCGAUCCGCCCAUCUCCCACGCCCAGCUGAGCGCGUUGCGGCGCGUCCUCGUGAAGGCGACAGGGUUGGCCUCCCCCGGCGAGAAGGAGGGCCCGUCGCCGCCGCAGCUGCGCCAAUGCGGCUCCUUCGCCUCGUCCGCCGCACUGGCGUGGAUGCAGCAGGUGGAGCUUCUCUCCUUUCGCUGCGAGAACUGGCACGCCAGCCUCAGCACGCUCCUUUACCUGAUACGCAGCCUGGAGUCGGUGCGGGACCUGGAGCUCUUUUCCCUGAGCGACGCCGCCGUCGCGCGGCAACUGACCGGGGCCCUGCUCAUGGCGCCUCACGUGGAGAUGCUCUCGCUGCCGGAGUUGUCGCUCGACGACGAGGGGCUGGCUGUGCUCUUCGCGUUUCUCGUUCGCCGCGAGCAGCUGGCGACGAGGCCUCCGCUGAUAAAGGCGUCACCGGCGUCCGCCUCCUCGCCGACGGAGCAGCGGCAGCGCGGCGCCGGGGAGGGCUCCGCCGCAGGGGAUAGCGCCGAAUACGCGGCGGGGAGUGGCGCGGGCCAACCGCCGCGCUGCGAUGCGCCGCUGGAGCCGCCGCUCGCCCUCCCCUGCCUGGACCUCAGCCGGUGCACCAUCGAGCACCCAACGGCGCUCUUCCGCACCUUCCGCGGGACGUCGGUGGAGGUGCUGGUGCUGACCGGGUGCGCCGCGCUGCGGGACGUGCACGUGCGCGGCGUCCUAGCGGCGUGCCCGCAGCUGCACACCCUCGACCUCUCCGGCAGCGAGGGACUCACGACGGCGUGUGUCACGUACAUCAGUCAGCACGAGCGUCUGCGGGUGCUGCGACUGGAAAACUGCCCCGCCGUCAAGCAAAUUGAGUUGGCGAACGUGGAGGUUCUCUUCUCAUCGCUCGCGUACGUCACGCGACUUUGGGCGCCGGAGCUGCGCCGUCUGCCGACGCCGCUCACGCACUCGCACGUGCUAUUUGACUUCUACGCCCCCAAACUGGCAGAGGUGACGCUGAAAGGCGUCGUCGUGGAUUGCGGCACACUCGCUGCGUUUGUGUCCGGCAGCGACGGCGACGGCGCGACGGAACGAACGGCGACGUCCGCCGACGUCACGCUCAGCUGCAGCAUCCCGUCUGUGGAGAAGCUUCUCCAGCAGCAGCAGCAGCAGCAAGAAGAGCAACAGCCGCGGGAGGCGGGGGAGGAGCAGGAGGAGGCGGAGGUGCCGGUGCCCGGCGAGGUGGCACAACUUCUGUCUGUUGGGUUCAUUGGGUGCACCAUCGCCGCCCCCGCCGAGCUGAACGCCUUCCUGCGGCAGCAAGCCCAACUGCUGCGGCUUUCCCUCCACGGCUGCCAGGGGGUGGUGGACGCGAACCUUGCGGGACUUCCCGCCACAAUUAUGGAGCUCGACGUUGGCGGGGUCGCGCAGCUGACGGGCAGCAGCAUCGCCGCCAUCGUCACCAGGCUGCCGCAGCUCAUCAAGCUAAGCCUCAAGAACGCCGGCGCGGCCAUAGAGAACGCAGACCUGCAUCGCUUGCGGGGGCUGGGGAACCUGGAGGUGUUGAACCUUCUCGGGCUACCGCAGCUGCUGCCAGAGGUGGUGGCCGCCGUGGCGGGGGCCCUGCCGCGGCUCCGCGUGUUGUACCAUGAGACGGCGGUGCUGGAGCACACGCGUCCGACGGUCGUCGUGCAGGUGCUUCGCAGCGACGAGGAAGACACCACCCGCCAGGACAUUCAUCACUGCUCAAAGGAGUUGCUGCACCUCCGCAACGAGACGGCGCUCGCGCUGUGGAUGGAGGCCCAGCUGCCAAAACCCGCGCAGCUUCUGCCGCAGAGCUACGUGCCCACGCACGGCGUGAGCGUCGGGGCCCCGCAACCGCCGCUGACGAAGAACACAACAUUCUACGAGUUAACCAAGCAGACGCUCUCGUCGCAGGGGACCUUCGCCCCGGAUUCGGAGGAGGAUGACGAGCCCGUGCUGGCGGGCGACGAGGAGAAGUUGCUGCAACAAGAGCAACCGGAUGUCUUGCAGAUUCUCGGCGACGAGGAGGAGGCGCCGCCGCACUUGCCCUCCACGGAGAGGUGCGACGACGACGAGGAGAACGAGGAUGAGAAGUCGCGAGCGAGCUUGUACGACACCCGACGCAGGACGGAGUCUGCGAUGGACGAACGGAGCCGAUUAGCCAUUGAAAAGACACCAUUGGGUCCAUGGGGUGAGGCCGACAUCGUCGCCGAGCAUCGGCGACAUUCGGGGAAUUGA